AUGUCACAACACGACACAGAUUCCACCUCACUCCCAACUACCACUGUGGAUUGUCUCGAAUGCCAUCACCAAAUCAUUACCAGAGAUUCAUACAAACUCUCAGGAACAAUUUUUUUUCCGAUCCUUAGGAAAAUUUCAUCAUCGGAAAAUACUUCAAUCAAUGCUAAUAACGAAAAGGAAAAUACAAAAUCUGCAUCAUCAUCAUUGAGAGAAGUUAUAAUACUAGAUGAUAAUUUGAGAGAGUGUGCUAUUGUGAUAGGAUCAGCGAUGGGAGUACCAUCUCGAUUUUAUAGAGAAUUUGCCAGGUUUUUAUGUUUGAAUACUAAAUGUAUUGUAAUGAGUUUUGAUUUUAGAGGAUGUUUCAAAUCGAGAAUUACAAAAGAUUCAAUUGAUGGUGUCAAGUUUGAUGAAGGAAAGAGUGAGAGGGAAAUAUUCUUGGAAAUUCAAAAGAAAUUUGUAACGAUUGUAAAUUGGGGAAGAUUUGAUUUACCUGCUGUGAUGGAUUAUUUGGAAAAUUCAUCAUUGGAUAAAUUAUUGAAAUGUGAAAGCAAUAAUUUGGAUGUUAAAUUGAGAGGAGAGUGUGUUAAUGGAGUGAAACCAAUUAAUGAAUUUGUAUAUAUUGCUCAUUCAAUUGGUGGGCAGGUAUUGGCCUAUUGUCCAAAUGAAUAUUUGUGUAAAUUUAAGGGAACUAUCAUGAUUGCUUCACAGAGUGGUGUGGCUCAGCAUUGGCCAUGGAUCAUUCCACGACUCUUGCUCUAUGUUUAUUGGUACAUCAUGCUACCAACCAUGACUACACUCUAUCGAAUGGAAACUCCACCUAUUAAUGUAGCCAAUCAAUUGGUCACCGAUUGGUACUCAGCCGGAAGAUGUAACACAAAUUAUAUUUUCGAAUAUUUUGGAAUUGAGGAAGCAAAAAUCAAUCCUAAACAUCCCUCUUGGGCUCUACAAAAUAAGGCAAUGAUUGCCUAUGUGAUUGAGAAUGAUUUCUAUGCUCCAUUUCAAGCUAGUUUGUGGCUAUUAAGAUCCAUCUCUGAUCCAACAUUUAUCUCAAAUCUGAAACUCCAACAUUUGAAUGGAAAAUCAACAAACAUCACCAAGAAACGAAUUACUUUCCAAAAUGACGAACCAGAUAUCAAAUCAUUUGGAGGAAAUCAAAAGAGAAUGUACUAUAUCCAUGGAAAGGUGGCCAAAAAGAUUGGACACUUUAAUUUCUUCAGAGAACAGGAAGGAAAGGACGAAUGUUGGCCACACCUCUUGAAACUCUGUUUGGAAUUAUUGGAAUCUCCAAAAGUUGACUCAACCAGCAAUCCACUCCUUUCUCCAAACAAUCCCUUCCCUGCCAGAUCAAGCAAGUUGUAA